AUGCGCAAAAACACAUACCAGAAAUAUCGUCAAACAAGAUUCAUUCUGUCGAUCUUGUUUCACAACUACAAGUCGUUAGUUGAUGCGAGUGGUAAACCUCUACCUGAAUUGGUUGCAAUGGCCGUUGGUAAACUUGGUGAAAAUAUCGCAGUUCGAAGUGUACGGGUCCUUUAUGCGCCAUCAAAUUCUUCGCUGUAUUCUGCUGCCCAUCCAAAAGAGGGCAGUGCGUCUGUUAGCAUGGGCAAAUUCGUCUCUGUAGUGGCACUCAAGAGACCGGAGUUGGAAGGACUUUUCCCAACAGAUAAGUUGGCUGCACAGCUUUGCCAGCAUGUCAUAGGAAUGCGAUCUGAAACGCUGGGUGAGCCACCAGUGGAACAGAAAUCUGAGGAGAAAAAAACGAAGAUGGAAGAAAAUCGUGACGAACUCAACGAUUUUGAGGAGGUUCAGAACUGUAUCAGAGAUUACGAGAUUCGCUAUGAGAUUACGAGAGCUAUUUGA